AUGUCCGCCUCCGCGAGAAAUCGAACCGGCACCGUCAGCUCCGGGAGGUCUUCAGCAAGAGGUCGCGGCAAUGAGAUGCAAGACUUCAACAUGCCGCAGCCAAACAUCUUGCGCUACUUUGAGCCAUGCGCCGCCACGGCCUCCAUGUUCUUGUAUGCGCAAAGCUGCUCCAUCGUCUGCUGCCACCACGAUACCCUCACCAUCGAGAGGCGGUUUUCGCGGCACUCGGACGAAGUUCGGUUACUUGCCGUUGACACCCAGAGCGAAGUCGGGGCCGGAAGACUGGUCGUGAGCUACGAUGCAGGACAAACCGCCAUCGUGUGGGAUCUCAUGACGGGCGACGAAGUUGCUCGAUUUGCUUCAUACGAGCAUUUAACCACCGCCGCAUGGAUGCGUAACGGCAAUGUUGCUUUCGGCAACACCCAGGGCAACAUUAUUCUAUUUGAACCAACAACUUCAGAACAUAUCUCCUCGAGAACUAUUGACCAAAUUGCAGUGACGGCACUUGCACCGGCUGCAGACUGUCGAACGUUUGCAAUUGGGUACCAGAAUGGCUCAUUGCUGGUUGCCACCUUGCAGCCACGAUUUACCAUUCUGCACAAUCUGGGCACGUCAAGAGCGCCGUCACCAAUCGUGACUCUUAACUGGCACGCCUCAUCGUCCCGGCAGAAAUCGGACAUGCUGGCGGCCCAGACCCACGACGGCGACCUCCGGGUCUGGAGCGUGUCAAAGUCGUACAGCAGCGACGACCCGGCAAAGGUUGUUCGAAUCCUCAAGCGCACUGACAACUAUCAAGCUGGACCCAACUGGAUGGGUUGGUCAAAGAACGGCCGCAUUAUCCAAUAUUCUGACUCGGAAACGCUAUCAUGGGAUGUCCGUACUAAGCAUGUCACUUACGACAGCAUCCCAACGCUUGAGCAUGUCAGAGGCCUGGCCGUGUACGGCCCUGGUGCCAGUCUAUUCACUCUUGGCGCGAACAACACCGUACAGCAGUUCGACCUCAACACUCCGUCCAUCAUUGUGGCCAAUGUCCAGCACCCCGCUAACUUGUUGCCGCCGUCACCGCCCGUCUCCAUUGAGGAACAGCAAUCGCAGAAGACGUCUACCACCAUUGCAACUGAUUCCGAUGCCACCUCCGGAACCAUUGAGAUGGGCAUCUCUGAAAGCGAUGAGGAUCACAUGUCACCCUUCGACCGCAUCGUCGGCCGGAAGGAGACGGGCAGCACGGGGCCCAAGAUGGCGCUCGAUCCUUACGAGGCCGAUUCCGCAAGCGCGGCUUCUAGCCGCAGCGGACAUUCCAUGGGACUUUCUGCGGUGUCAAAGGGUUCCGACUCCGGAUCCCGGACACCCGGUGUCUAUCCCUCUUCGGCCAUCUCGCGAGGCACUGAAAACACGUACAUUUCCGUCGGAUCUUCUUUGCCAUCGUCUGCCGCGCCGUACCAGGAGCGGGACAUGUACUCAAUGAGCGGAACCUCGAUGCUGACCGGCACUUCGAUGUCUUCAUACCGAUCGCGCCGCUCCAGGCCCUCGCGUCUGCGAAACGAGGUCAUUCCGAGCCCCGUCGACAACAAGGUUGUAGACCUCUUCAAGUACACCAGGAGCCGCUUAAGCGACAUUCCUUACAAGCACCCGGCCAUGUCCGACAACAGUCGUCUUACUAACGAUGACCUUCGCAAACAAAUGCUGAGCACAAUCUUCGGGUGGAACAAGGAGAUUGAGGACCUGAUUCGGGAGGAGAUGAGCCGGCACAAGAGCGGCGCACCUGCCCGCAUCCUUCUUCUCAGGUGGCUUGGGGACCUUGACGCCGAUGUCUUGGCAGCCAGCUCAUCAUCCAUGACAUCUUCCGACUGGAUGCUGCUGGCUCUCAGCGGUAUUGGAGGCCAAUCAUCCCAGCACAAACUUGGGCGCACAUACGUCCAGAGACUGCUUGAGCAUGGGGACGUUCACGCUGCUGUUACUAUUCUGAUUGGCAUGGGAGACCACAGCGAUGCCAUCGAGAUUUAUGUUUCCCAUAAGAAGUACAUGGAGGCUCUCAUCCUGACUUGUCUCUUCUUCCCCGCUGUCUGGGAACGACAGGUAUCCAUUAUCAAGAAGUGGGGAGAAUGGGCGGUCAUGCAUGGACAGCAGCAGCUGGCAGUCCGAUGUUUCGCUUGCACCGGAGCCGAGUCCGAUGAACCUUGGACUUCUCCUUCUGCUGCCCAGGUCACGUUCCAGAGCAUCAACCAAAAUGUCAACCAAAACAUUCCUGAGAUUCUGUCCCCGCCUCUCUCACCUCCUGGUGUCAAUCGUGGACCUCAAAGGAGUAUCGCCAAGACCUCUGCGCUGAAGCUCAUCACCUCGUUCGGCGACCAGGGAGGCAAGUCAAAGUUCUUCUCCCAGGUUGAUGGAGGCCAGACCCCGAUUGCUGCCGGUCCUACUCCCAUCGCCGACUCGGCUGUCUCGCCAGGCGGCUUCGACGUCACGACUGCAUUUAUUCGACCGCCCAACCGCAGCCAGUUCAAUACGCCAAACUCCGCCAGGUCCGGUACCUCUGCCUUCAGCCGCAAGCGUCUCCCUUCCAUCGGCGAGGUUCCUGGUGACCUGUCGCGUGAGCAACUCAAGCCCGAUGGGGGAGCCGUCCACGUACGCAUGUCGUCCGCCGAACAAGACAACCUCGCUGCCGGUCUGACUUUGCAGAGAGCCGCCACGGCUAGCCCCAUGAUGAUGCGCGACCAAUACAAGAUGCUGACCAUUCGUUCGAGAGACCCCCCGCCCCCCUCCCCUGAUGCCAGGAUGAUUGUCAAGAUGGAAGGUAGCUUGCACCAGCGAAACGGCUCUCGGGACCGCAAACCGAAGGGACUCCAACUCGAUCUAGACGGUCUCGACAAUCCCAUGGCGAACGAGACCCUCUCCCCCGAACAGUCAAUCUCUUCCUCAACCCGGUUUCACUGGCCCUCUCGACGACGUGGCCCCGGUUCCGUCACCAGCUCCGUCAACUCUCACUCCACCGCUGGCAGAAGCUACCGUAGCAACACCACUGGUGGCAAGCAAGACUACAUCCAUAGUCUCGACACCGCCCAACGCCUUCAACAACGCAAGCAGCGCAGCCGUCAUGGAAGCCGGGAGGGUAGACGAGACGGCUCAAGCGGUCGAGACCGUGAGCACAGCCGCAAUCACAAGACGGCUUCCCGCGAAGCCUCGGCGGAGCGUGGUCGAGCUUCCAAUCGUACUUGGCCCAAGCCUAAGCGUUCUCCUACCUCGCCCAUUCCCAUGUCGCCUGAGGACCUCAUCAACCUGAGUACCCCUAAGAUGCUGCCCGAGUCCAUGGAUCCCGCCACUGUGAGGAAGGCAAGUAGCAGCCGCAAGGUAGCCAGCCGUACUUCAAGCCGAGGCAGUCAAAUUCGCCACAGGAGCCCUGAAAGCAAGCACCGCCCUCCUGCGCUUGACCUCCGGGGUCGUAGCCAAGAUCGCACUGGCUCUCACGUCAGGUCUCCUUCGUCACCUCUUCCCCUUUCCGCCAACCCAGCGCACUACCAGGGAUCCGAAGAUGAGGAAGACCUCGCCUUGGCUGUCAUCGCCCAAGAGAACUUCCGGAACAGACACAACAGGAGCACAAGCCAGGUCGAGUCUCGCAAAGCACUUUCGCCCGAACUUAUCAGAGAGUUCCCCCAACGUGAUCGAUCUGAGAGCCGACGUCGCCACGCGGUUGAGAACAUCGAGCAGCCCCGCGAUGUCCUUCCUGUUCAGACCAAGUCGCGUGCUCCGUCGACUGAGCAUGCCGGAGAUCUCAAGGCCAUGAAGGAUGAGAGACAGAGAAAGAAGGAGGAGGCUGCCCGCGAGCUUGAGGAGCGUCGCAAGUCCCUGGCACAACGCCCUUCAGCGCCUCCUAUUCCUCAUCCCAACCAGAUCCGCAUCGGCAUUGAGCCGCCGCCGAACAGCCUUGAUCUCCCUCCCCGCAGCCACACUGCCGACUCGCCUUCAGUCCACCAUAGGAGCAUGUACGCCCGCAGCUCCAACGUCCACAUCGGCCUGCCGGCAACCCCCAAGGCUAUGCGCCUCAUCAUCGAGUCCGACAAGGAGAAGGCAAAGAACAUCCCGGUGCCUCCGAUCCCGGCCACCUUUGCGCAGCGACACUCUCCUGUGACUUCGCCUAACCAGCGAUCUCCCGAGAAGGAGAAGGAGGGCGACCUUCUUACGCUCCUCCCGCAGACAACCUACCAGCCUCCCGUCCGCGGUAUGAUUCCUCGCAGCAUGUCUGCUCCGCCCAUCGACGUACCCUCUCCCAAGACCAGCGGACCCAGUGCACUCUCGCGCGGCCCAUCGAUGCGACGAGGAAACUCGGGAGAAGUCCAUCUCUUCCACUCCAGGCGCGCCUCUCAGGAGGACAACGACGACAUGAGCGUUCCUCCACCGCCGCCUCCUCCACCCAUGCUGAAGGAGCUGCAGCACCUCGCCAUGCCGCCUCCCCCGCCGCCGGCGCCUUUGCCGUACGCCGCCCACAACGGCGCUGGCGCCAUCGGCUCUGGUAUGAUUGAGAUUGUCAUGGACGAUGAUGAGCCCGCCACCGCUGCGCCCAUGGACACCGCCGUCCCCGUCAUCCCGGCCCCGGCGGCCCCCGCAUUCAAGGGCCACAGCCGCGGUCGCAGCUUCAGCGAACGUGAGAACGGCUUUGCUGGCCGCAUCUCCAAGGCUACCGACCGCUUCCGAUCGGGAAGCCGCAGCCGCAAGGACUCCGUCGCCAUGCGUCCCAGACAAGACAACUACGAGGUUGCACCUUACGAGAGCGUGCCCAUGCCCGUCAAUUAUGGCCGUGAGACCUUGAGAUCUCCCAUCAGCGCGCAGAGACAAAAGACGCUCCCCACCGGUCUCAACGCCAGCGACCUCAUCUAG